AUGUCCUCCAAUCCUCCUUCCAAGACCUCCACGUCGCCGGUCAUCAGUCGGAAUAGCAGUUCUUUCCUGUCCAAGUUUCGCUCCCCGCUCGGGAAUCGGAAUCGAAGCGUGACCGAUUAUUAUAUUGAUCUGGACGAUCCCUGGCGCUCGUACUUUCCCGGCGAUGUCAUCAAGGGCACGGUAAUCGUCACCGUGGUUCGGCCGGUCCGCAUCACGCACAUCGUGGUUUGUCUCCAUGGCUAUGUAAAAGUCUUCAAGAAUGCGACGCCGGCUGGCGAAGCAGCACCCGAUCUGGGCUUUCUGGGUCCCGGCCGUGGUCGACGCGGCGCAGAAUACUUGGGGAAUGGACUCGCGACCUUGUUCGAAGACGAGGUCGUUCUCUGCGGCGAUGGCCGUCUCAAGGAGGGCAUCUACAAGUUCCGCUUCGAGAUGGGCCUUCCCCCAUAUGCUCUUCCGAGCAGCAUUAAUUUCGAGCGCGGCACCAUCGCUUACUCCCUCACCUCCACCCUCACCCGACCGACCACGAUGAACCCUACCCUGACCUGCCGAAGACGGGUCAAUCUGCUAGAAAACAUUGACAUUGCACCAUUUCCCGCCCCCAAGGCCCGCAUAGUUACACUCGAACCUAUCUCCAAACGCCCCAAAUCAAAAACGAAGGCGAAAUCCACCACCUCUGAGCCGGCUCCAACACCCGAUACCGCUUCCAUUGAUGCCUCCGCCAGCGUGACCGCCGCUUCCGUGGACCACCGCCCACCUUUGAGCCCUUCACCCAGCAAUGUUAGUUCGUCCAGUCGCCCGAGCAAUAGCAGCCAGAGCUUUCAGAUCGCGAGCGAUCCAAGUUCGUCGACCAGCACCGGCGGCGGACGAAAUAGCGAAGGACGCAGUACGACUCCUUCCGUUUCAGAUCGCACCAUCACGGCCAAGGCCGAGGUUCUGCGCGCGGGCGUGCUACCAGGAGAUACCCUACCCAUCAAAGUCACCAUCAAUCACUUCAAACAGGUGCGCAGUGCGCAUGGAAUCGUUGUUACAUUAUACCGGCAGGGCCGCAUCGAUCUCCACCCUGCCAUUCCCAUCGGCUCGACAGCAGCGGGGAAGAAACCCGUCUACGAAGACUGCUAUCCGCGCUCACGAACGGGACUUGGCGGAUUGACCUUGGGCACCAGCCGCACAAGCAGCACCUUCCGGAAGGACCUGUCGCAGACCUUUGCGCCGCUGAUCGUCGAUCCCACCAAUAUGACUGCCGUCGUCAAAACCUCCAUCCGAGUUCCCGAAGACGCAUUCCCGACCAUCACCCGCGUGCCAGGCGCCAUGAUCAAUUUCCGAUAUUAUGUCGAAGUCGUGGUAGAUUUACGGGGCAAGAUAACUUCGCCCGACCGUUUUAUCCCGCGAUUUAAGAUGGUCUCCGGUGGCAGCAACUUUUCGCCUAGCGGACAGAUUCUUAAUCCGGCUGACGCCAACGGCAGUACCCUCACCACCAAUUGGGGCGGCAACAUCUUGGAUACGAAUCAGAUCCGCCGAGAGAAGGGUGUGAUCUCCGUAGCAUUCGAAGUCGUCGUCGGUACCCGGGAUUCACAGCGUGGCCAAGCUCCGAUUGAGCGCACCAUGUCCAAUGCCGCCGAGUCUACUGCAUCUCAUAGUAAUGCGCAACCUGCCGCGCCAACGGCUGUGAUCAACCCUGUUGACGGGGAGGAAUGGCCUCAGGCAAGUCCUUUGCCCAACUCAAGUGCUGAGUAUGGUCCAGAGGACUAUGGGUUCCCCGACGAGACGGCCUGGUCCGAGUAUCCGGAAGACUUCCCGCAAUCCUUCACGCCUGCCGGGCCCAUGAUGGCCCACCCCGAAGUCGAGGAACCUGUGGAUGAGAAGACUCGAAUUCGACGCCACGAAGAAGCUUUGCUGCCCAGUCGGCCGCCCGACGAGGCCGAAGCAGGGCCGUCGAACGCCGAAAUGUCCGUCCCGACAGCGCCUGUCUUGCCGGAUGAUCACCAUCUACAGGACUACCAGCACCUACCAUCGCCCGCCACCGGUGGCGUGCCGCAUACUGUCCGAUCUGCCGAGUCUUUGCAGACUGUGGUUAUCAACGGCACCGGCGAGGGCCCCAGCGAGUCUCCGGCUCCUCAGGAAGACAAGCAGGAACUGGAGCGCCAGCGAUUGAUGGAACAGACCAGCGCGCCCAGCGCACCGCCCGAAGAACCGAAUGGCCAUGGCGAGGCAGGCGAGGGUCCAAGCGCGCCGGUCUUUGACGAGGACGACCAGCUGGUUGGCGGCACGGCCCACGCAGACGAGUCUCUACCUCGGUACCAGCGAUAA